AGCCAGAGAGCUGACAUUGCUGGUGCAGUCUUGACAACACCUGCUGAAGUCAAGGUGCCUGCUGGUGCUUUACUGCCCCUUUGACCAUCUAAAAGUCAUCAGCGAUUUGGGGAAAAGGAUACCAAGUGCCACUUUGAUCAUAAAUCCAGCCAUCUUAGCAUCUUCAAAUGGGUCAAUACAGCUCUAAGUCCAAAGAGAAGGCUGGACUGGCAUACUUUAAAAGAAGACGACAAGAAGAAGAAAUUGCUGCCCUGACUGGUUUGAUAAAGAAGUUUUGUGAUACAAUUAAAACAUUUCAUCAUGAGGACCUCCUGAAAAUCACAGAGUAUUACAGACCCUACCUGGCCUAUGUGAUUGAAUAUGACAUCACAAGUAUACUGCAAAAUCUGGUUACCAAGAACAUGCUCACCAAUGAUGAGGCCAAGAGAUUCAAAGCUAAAGAAGAAUCUAAGGGGACAGAAGGUGUGGAGUCCUUUAUCAAUGGCAUAAUGAAGAUGGACAGAGUGAUACUGGAGGCCCUGUGGAAGGCACUGGCUGAAGAACUUGUGAGAUUUCCAUCACCAAACCUGCCACAAAUACUGAAGGAGGUGUCAGAUGGGGGACCAGACCUCUUAGUGAAGAUUCAUGCCAGUCUCCAGUGCCCUCCCAUUAAGGAUCACAUUAAAGGUCUCCAUGAGAAACACAGAGGUGGUGUGAAUGAAUCCACAAGAACUCUGGAGGAUCAGGUUUCUCCUGAAGAUUCACAAACCAUAGCUGUGGCAUUUGAGGCUCGGUAUACAGAGCUGAUAGUCAUUGGUCAAUACAUAAGAACCUAUAAUGAAAGGUACCAUGAACUUGAGAAAACAGGGAGGACUCAUGCAGAGCUGAUGGAGGAGCGAGCAAAGGAGAAAUGUGAACGCAUCUGGACUGAGCAGCUUUUUAGAAGGAGCCCAGGAAGUGAGUCUUCACCUAACUUUGUAGUGGUCAGUGGGGUUGCUGGAAUCGGGAAGACCACUAUGGUACAGAAGAUCAUGUUUGACUGGGCCAGAGGCACUCACUACCAGAGAUUUGCAUUUGUGUUCCUGUUUAAAUUCAGGGAGCUCAAUCUCCUAGACACAGAGACAGAGCCACAGCAGCCCCUGACCAGGCUGAUUGCAAGGCACUAUAAAUACCUCUAUGAUGACAGAUUAAAAGAAAUCCUGCAGAAACCUGAAUCUCUCCUCUUUGUACUCGAUGGGCUAGAUGAGUACAAACACAAACUGGACUUCACACAGAGGAAGCUCUGCUCAAACCCAGAUGACUACUUUCCUGUUCACAUCCUGAUCACCAGCCUGGUCAGAAGGACAUUAUUGAAGGGCUGUUCAGUUUUGAUCACAAGUAGACCAACAGCCCUGGAAGAACUGGACAUGGAGAGAGUUGAUCGUUUUGCAGAGAUCCUGGGCUUCUUCCCUGAACAAAGACUGAUGUACUUUAAGAAGUUCUUUGGUGACACUGAUCUGGGUUCUGAGGCUUUUAAAUACGUGGAGGAGAACGCCAUCCUGUACACCAUGUGUUUCAACCCCUCAUACUGCUGGAUUAUCUGUUCUGUAUUGAAGAAUCAUUUCAUGAAACCUGAAGAAGAGCAAGGAGCCACCCCCAGAACGGUCACUGAGCUCUUUGUUAUGUUCCUUCACAACAUUCUCACCAAUCACAGGAGAGAAACUGAGGAUCAGCGGGGGAUUCUGGUCAAACUGGGAAAGAUGGCUUAUUAUGGUGUGGACAACAGAAUUCUAGUAUUUUAUGACAAGAUGGAGAUGUCCACCUUUGGUCUCCAGCCAGCCUUGGCCUCUCCGUUCCUCUCAGGGUUCUUAAAAGAAAUCCUUCAGAGAGAAAGUACUCUGGAGCACACAACAUACACAUUCUACCACCUCACCCUGCAGGAGUUCAUGGCUGCCUGCUCCUUCUAUCUUGAUUCAUCAGGGAGUGUGAAGGAAGUCCUUGCUAAGCUGGACUCAUGUAAAGAUGGCCGGUUUGAGAUUUUUACAAAAUUUAUUGCAGGACUGGCCAGGUCCUCUGUGUUUGAAACACUGGGGGGAAUCCUGGGUGAAUUUGAGAGGAUGACGGCAAAAACAAUAUUGGAGUGGGUGAAGAAGAACGCUAGAAAGGCGCUACGGUGUGGAGAUAAAAGUGAAGCUCUGCGAGUGUGUCAUUGGCUCUUUGAAACUCAGAAUGAGAAAUUAAUCAGAGACGCCAUUGGGAAGGAUUUAAAGAUGGUCUUUAAUCACAUGAUUUUAUCUCCACUUGACUGUGCUGUGUUGGGCUCUGUCAUCAGCUGCUGUGGAGAACUUGAGACGCUUGACCUGUCAGGCACACGUCUCACUCCAGAGAGCAUGAGGAGACUGGCACCAGGGCUCAUCUGCUGCAAAAUUGUCAGCCUCAUCUCUUGUGGUCUCACCUCCAUAUGUUGCUCAGCUCUCUCCUCAAUCCUUUCUUCACACUCACGACUGAUUGAAUUGAACCUGAGCAGCAACAACAACAUGGAUAAUUCAGGAGUGGCACAAUUGUGUGAAGGGCUGAGGAGUGAAAACUGUAAAGUAGAGAAACUGAGCCUGCCUUUAUGUCGUCUCACCUCCACAAACUGCUCAGAUCUCUCCUCAGUCUUUUCUUCACCACAUUCACGACUGACUGAUAUUAAGCUGAGCGACAACGACAUGCAGGAUUCAGGAGUGGAUCAACUGUGUGAAGGGCUGAGGAGUGAAAACUGCAAAUUAGAAAAACUGUGCAUCAUAUCAUGUAGUAUCACCUCCAGAUGCUGCUCAGCUCUCUCCUUAGUUCUUUCUUCUCCACACUCACCACUGACUAAACUGGAGCUGGGUGGCAACAACUUGGAGGUUUCAGGAGUGAAUCAGCUGUGUGAGGGGCUGAGGAGUGAAAACUGCAAAUUAAAAACACUGAGCCUGUUUCAAUGUGGUCUCCCCUCCACUUGCUGCUCAGCUCUCGCCUCAGCUCUUUCUUCUCCACACUCACAACUGACCGAGCUGGACCUGCACAAAAACAACAUUGGGGAUUCAGGAGUGGAUCAGCUGUGUGAGGGGCUCAGGAGUAAAAACUGCAAAUUAGAGAAACUGAAUUUGUCCUUAUGUCCUCUCUCCUCAUCAUGUUGCUCAGCUCUCUCCUCAGUCCUUUCUUCCUCACACUCACGACUGACUGAAUUGAACCUGAGCGCAAACGACAGCAUAAAGGACUCAGGAGUGGAUCAGCUGUGUGAAGGGCUGAGGAGUGAAAACUGUAAAGUAGAGAAACUGAGCCUGUAUCAAUGUGAGCUCAAUUCCAGAUGUUGCUCAGCUCUCUCAUCAGUCGUUUCUUCUCCACACUCACGACUGACUGAAUUGAUCCUGGGCAAAAAUGAAAUUGGGGACUUAGGAUUGGAUCAGCUGUGUAAGGGAAUGAGUAGUGAAAACUGCAAAUUAGAGAAACUGAGGAUAUCUGGUUGUGGUCUCAGCUCCAAAUGUUGCUCAGCUCUCUCCUCAGCUCUUUCUUCUCCACACUCACAACUGACUGAACUGCAGCUGAGCAGCAACAACAUGGAGGAUUCAGGAGUGGAUCAGCUGUGUCAGGGGCUGAGGAGUGAAAACUGCAAAUUACAGACACUGAACCUGUCUCAUUGUCGUCUCACAUCCAGAUGUUGCUCAGCUCUCUCCUCAGCUCUUUCUUCUCCACACUCACAACUGACUGAAUUGAACCUGAGCAACAACAAUAUGAGGGAUUCAAGAGUGGAUCAGCUGUGUGAGGGGCUGAGGAGUGAAAACUGCAAAUUAGAGAAACUGACGCUGUCCUCAUGUCAUCUCCCCUCCACAUGCUGCUCAGCCCUCUCCUCAGCUCUUUCUUCUUCACACUCACAAUUGACUGAACUGGACCUGAGUGAUAACAACAUGGAGGAUUCAGGAGUGGAUCAGCUGUGUGAGGGACUGAGAAGUGAAAACUGCAAAUUAAAGAAACUGAGCCUGUCUUAUUGUGAUCUCAACUCUAGAUGUUGCUCAGAUCUCUCCUCAGCUCUUUCUUCUCCAAACUCACAACUGACUGAACUGAGCCUGAGCAGCAACAACGUGAAGGAUUCAGGAGUGACUCAGCUGUGUGAGGGGCUGAGGAGUGAUAACUGCAAAUUAGAGAAACUGAACUUGUCUGACUGUGGUCUCACCUCCAGGUGUUCCUCAUCUCUUUCCUCAGUCCUCUCUUCUCCACACUCACAGCUGACUGAUCUGGAGCUGGACAAUAACAAACUGAAAGACUUAGGAGCUUGUCAUCUGUGUGCAGGGCUGCUGAACCAAAACUGUAAAUUAAAGACACUGAGGCUGUCUCAUAAUAUGAUCAUAGAGAUUCAGAAGAACAACCUGCGGUCACUAGAGCAAGAGUUAAAGAGGACUGGACGGCAGGUGGAUAUCUACACAUGACAAGGCUGUAUAUGAUGAUCAGCUGUCUCCAGUGAUAACACAGCCUAAACCACUCCCUCUAACUUUUGUAUUCGCCUCUGCUCUCCUCCAGAUUUAAUAAACUCUCAAUAUCUUCUUCUCAGCCUGUGUUCUUCUCCUUUAAACUCACUUGUGUUUGUCUACCCUCUGACCUCACAAGUUCACAUCAGAGACCUCUGCAUUUCACCAGCUGGAGGACUACAGUAGGAAUUGCCUUCCAAAACAAGCUGGGGUCACAAGGCCCACUGAAGGGAGCAUGGGUGGAAAUGGGUGGAAAUUUGUAGGGUGAUGGAUGAUGAGACCUAUCUUGGCAUUGGGUAAAAACCAUGGACAAGGUAUCAGUCCAUAACAGGACAAGAAGAUGGUCAUCUGAGCAGAAACAUCACAAAAC